UUGUUGUCAUAAUAUGGGCCAACAAGUCUCUCGGACUGACUUCGAGUGGGUGUACACUGAAGAGCCGCACGCCUCUCGUCGAAAAAUAAUUCUUGAGAAAUACCCGCAAAUAAAGAAACUUUAUGGCUGUGAUCCGAAAUUUAAGUGGAUUGCUGGCAGCAUGGUGCUGAUACAGAUACUGUCGUUGUUUAUUGUGAAAGACUUUUCCUGGCCGAUGCUGCUUGUAACGGCGUAUUGCUUCGGAGGUGUAAUUAACCACUCUCUAAUGCUGGCAGUUCAUGAAAUUUCGCACAACUUGGCAUUUGGAUUUAGCCGGCCCAUGUAUAAUCGCAUAUUAGGAUUUAUAUGCAAUCUACCCAUUGGACUGCCUAUGUCCAUAUCAUUUCGAAAGUACCAUUUGGAGCAUCACAGGUAUCAAGGAAAUGAGGUGGUCGAUACGGAUAUUCCAACAUUGGUGGAAGCUAAACUAUUCGAUACCACAUUCGGAAAGUUUCUGUGGGUUUGUCUACAGCCAUUCUUUUACAUAUUCCGACCACUCAUAAUAAACCCAAAACCUCCGACACGAUUGGAAAUUGUUAAUACAGCAAUACAACUAAUUUUCAAUGCUUUGGUUGUUUACUACUUCGGUUGGAAAGCAAUGGCGUACCUCGUACUAGGUUCAAUUUUGGCUAUGGGCUUACAUCCAGUAGCUGGCCACUUUAUUUCCGAACAUUACAUGUUUGCGAAAGGCUUUGAAACAUAUUCGUAUUAUGGUCCUCUAAAUUGGAUAACUUUUAAUGUUGGUUAUCACAAUGAACAUCACGAUUUUCCCGCUGUUCCCGGCUCGCGUCUGCCUGAAGUCAAGAAAAUCGCCCCUGAAUUCUAUGACACGAUGCCCCAACAUACCAGUUGGGUUCGCGUGUUGUACGAUUUUAUUAUGGACCCUUCUAUUGGACCAUAUGCCCGGGUGAAACGCCAUCAAACAGGCCUCAGAACGUAAA